GAGUAAUUCGAAAUAGAAAAUGAAUCAUUUUUAUCUAUCAACUCUUCGGGGUCAAAAGUUGCCGCCAACUAUGUCAGCUAUCAAUUUUUUAUUUUACAGUUUUCAUAUGCAUCUAUCUUUCUUCCCUUUUACUCAAAGCACUAUUGUAUUAUCAUGACUGGUGAAGAUAUUGUAAAACUAAACGUUGGGGGCACAAACUAUGUAACAACCCACGAUACCCUGCGUGAAUCCGUUUAUUUGACAUCAUUGGUCGACGGGGAAUGGGACGAACAAACAAGUGAUGAAAUCUUUAUUGAUAGAGAUGGGUUUCUGUUCCGAUUUAUUUUGCUAUAUCUUCGAACUGGAGAUUUUGACAUCGAAAAAUGUUAUUUAAAGAGUUUGAAAAAUGAAGCAGAUUUCUAUGGUAUCCCAGCUUUGAGCAACAAGAUUGAUAAAAUCAUGAAUACCAAAGAGGAGGUUUUAUAUCAACUCCUUACUGAAGAGCAGUUUAAUUGUAGUAUAAAUCAUACAAUUGACCCUUUUUUGUUGCCUUCGUAUAUCGGAAGAGUCAAGGCCAUACCUUUUCAACUAAUCUCAUCAAUUUCAUGCCUGAGAAAAGUUUACCAUUGCCCAAGAAAAAUCUUUGUUCAUACAGAGAGUUAUCGUUGUGGACAUAAAUGUAACAGAUUUCCUGUAAGUAGCGACUAUGAAGCACAUACAUAUGAAGAUGUAAAAUUAUAUUUGGUUCGUUUCAAUACAUUUGACGAUGCAUAAUGUUGGUUAUUGAUAUAUGUGUAUGCCCAAUACCACAACGUCGAAAUUGCCAACUGAUAGUAUCCAAACGUAAUAAAUACUUUUGCUUAGAAUAUGCGAAUUGCAAAAAUGUAUAGCUGCAUUAAAUAAUAAAGAUAAAAGUUUCACCUUUUUUUAAAAAUAAAAAUCUAAUCGGUUGUAUAAGACUGUUCAGAAUUCUGGUACUCAUUUGUAAUUAAACAUUCUGGCUCUGCCGCGUUUACUUUACUCAGGGUCGAUGUCAUACCAUGAUAAAUAGACGGAGUGGAGGUAUUAAUUUUCUGUUUGCUAGUACGAGUCAUUACUUAUCACGGUAAAUGAUAAAUUUAUCCAUUAUUUCAGAAUUAUAUCAAGGAACACGAGUUACCUGAUCUGUAAUGACUUGUAGGAUGAAGAUACGUUAAAGGUUAUUGUAAAAGAAACACCACAAAAAAAAGCUCGCAGUCAUUACCAUGCCUUUUGUAAACAAUGGGAGAUCA